AUGAACCGCGCCGGCCUAGACACGGACAUAGACAAGUUUGUCAGUGAGCAAAAUUUUAAAGUCAAUGUCCAAGGCUUCGAUACACACAAAACCUCCAAACCAGUAAAUGUUGAUCAAAAGAAGUUGGGGCUCACUCUCUACGUAAACUCUUCAUCGGCACUAGGAAUUGUUGCCAAGGCUGCUGCUGCUGCAGCUAUGAAAGAUCUCUUUGAAGUUGAAGAAGGGCUACUCUCUGUGGACAGAUUAGCGCCAGCCAAACCAGUUAAAGGUCGUGACUUGAAAUACACCAUUUGUCAAAACCCGAACCCUGCGCCAGACAAUUUGGUUUCGUGA